AUGCGUGCUGAGAUUCGAGACACGCCCGGACAUCCUAGUGUUCCCGUAAGUGUCAGGGGCGUGAUGGGUCGUCGGCCGCGGGCACGCGUAACCGGCGGCUCCGGCGCGAGCGAGAUGACACCGCCGAGGGCCAACAACCGCCGACGCGGGGGCGGGGGGCACCGCCGACGUCCGCAGCGUGUGGAGGCUCCGCCUGUCCAGCCGUCCGGUGGCCGACCGGCCUCUGCGGCCGCUGCAAAGCGGUCCAAGGAGGAACGCGCGGCUGUUCGUGACGAGCUGGCCGGGCGUGCUGAAGCCGUUGCCUCGAUUGCGGACCUGGAGGAGUUCGCGGCCUCGGUCGCGGCAUUCUUCGGGGAGGAUGCAACGGGUGUGGCGCGCGGGGGUGCGCCCGGCGCUCGCGAUCGCCCACAUCGGUCGCGUGAGGCGCGGGCCCGUCGGGGCGAGGGAGAUCGCCCAGGGCGAGACGGCGGUAAUGAUAAUAGAGGGCCGGCACCGGCCGGCCCUCCUCCUUCGCAGUCGGGAGAAGGUAGUGGUGGCUGGGUGCGCGAAGCAACCCGCAUUCAGGCCCUGUACAGGGCGAACCGACGCAAAGCGGUCCGAGAGGUGCUGCAGGGAUCCGCUGACUUCUGCCAAGUGCCGAAGGAGCGGGUUCAGCAGUACUUCGAAGGGCUAUACUGCGGAGGGGAGGACCUGGCUGGCCCUGAUGUGGAAGCGGAGCAACCUACUCCCCCGAGUCAGGCCGGGGAUGCUGCAUGCCUUAUGGAUCCCUUCACGUGGCGGGAGGUGGAUCGUCGGGUCCGGCGUAUGACGAACUCUGCGCCGGGUCCCGACGGUGUCACUUACCGUAACCUGCGUGCAGCGGAUUCUGGCAUGCGGCUCCUCACCGCAUGUUACAAUGCGUGCCUCAGGCUCGAGGCAGUCCCCGCUUCCUGGAAGACCUCCAAGACCGUAUUGGUCUACAAAAAAGGCGAUCGGGACGAUUUGAAUAAUUGGCGCCCUCUCGCGUUGGGAGACACGACUCCCAAGCUUUUUGCGGCGCUUAUCGCCGAUCGUAUGACCGAGUGGGUGAUCAAAAACAAGAAACUAAGUCCGGUGCAGAAGGGUUUCCUGCGGGACGAGGGGUGCUACGAGCACAACUUCGUCCUUCAGGAGAUCCUGACGCACUGCCGGAGGACUCGGCGGCAGGUGGUCGUCGCGUGGUUGGAUCUUUCCAAUGCGUUUGGGUCGAUCCCCCACUCGACGAUCCACCGUGCUUUCGUUCGCGCCGGGGUGCCGGGGGGCUGCAUCAAUAUAUGGAGGUCCAUGUACGAUGGAUGCUCCACGCGGGUGCAAACGGUCGACGGGCUCACUGCGCCCAUCCCUGUUCGCUCGGGGGUUCGGCAAGGUUGUCCGUGGAGCCCGAUCGGUUUCAACCUUGGUACCGACGUGUUGCUGCGUGCAGCUAAUGCGCUCGAUGUGGGAUUGGAACUAUGGGGCUCUCGCUUUAAUAUCCUUGCGUACGCGGACGAUAUUGCACUCGUUGCCGAUACGCCCGAGGGAAUGCGGAGGCUUCUUGCCACCGUAGAGGCCGCAGCGUUGUCGGUGGGUUUGCGGUUCAACCCUGCUAAAUGUGCCACCCUGCACAUCGGUGCGGGGGCGGGCAGCAGGGUUCUGCUCACAACGUUCGAAAUCCAGGGACAGCCUAUUCAUCAUCUGGCAGAGGGCGAGCCUUAUCGUCACCUUGGCGUACCGACUAGAUUCUCGGUUGACGCUACACCAUUUCAGACCAUUGAUGGUCUGCUCGGGGGUCUCCGGGCGGUAGACCGAUCCCUGCUUACCCCGUGGCAGAGAGUCGAAGUCGUUGCAACCCACCUGUUGCCGCGGAUGGACUUUCUGCUCCGGGGGGCCGCAGUGGAGAAGCGUCCUUUGAUAGCUGCGGAUAAAUUGAUCCGGAGGGCCGCUAAAGCCUGGCUCAAUCUCCCGCAGCGUGCAAGCGCGGAACCAGUUUACCUCCCUCCCAGCCGGGGGGGUUGUGGACUGCUUCCGCUCGCCGACCUCGCGGACGUCCUGUCCGUCGCGCACGCCUUCCGUAUGCUUACGGCUGGCGACGAGACGGUCAGGGGGCUCGCGUGGGCAUCGCUGCGGGGGGUUGUAGCGAGGCGUAUCGGCCAUCCUCCGACUAACGAGGAACUCGCGUCCUUCCUUUCGGGUUCGCUCGAAGGUCGGAUGCGAGACGGCGGUGAGCGCUCCCUGUGGUCGAGGGCUCGGAAUGCCGCGCGGAGACAGUCCGAGAGAUUGUCGCUUCGGUGGGAAUGGUGUGCGGCUACCGAGGAGAUGAUGGUGGUGUGCCGGGGUGCCAGGGGCGCGACGGUGAAAAUGCCACCAGGAGCUCGCUCCCAGGUGGUACAUCGCUUGCGCUCAGCUGUAGUAGAGUAUUACACUGACCGGCUACUAAACAAGCCUGACCAGGGGAAGGUGUUCGAGGUGUCGUUGCGGGCGAGGGCGAGCAAUCACUUCGUCCGUAAUGGCAGCUUCACCCGCUUCGCCGACUGGCGCUUCAUCCACCGCGCCAAAUUGGAUGUCCUCCCCCUUAACGGUGCACGCCGUUGGGGGGAGCCGGACAAGAGGUGUCGGCGUUGCGGGGGGGCAGCUGAGACCCUUCCCCAUGUUUUGAACCAUUGCGGCGUCCACUCGGCCGCCAUACAGCUGAGGCACGACGCCGUCCUGCACCGUCUCUGGAAGGCUUGUCGGCUUCCAGGAGAUAAACGGGUGAACCAGCGGGUCGAGGGCGUCGAGGGGGAACUUGAGGGGUUACGGCCUGAUCUCGUGGUCAGGCACGAGCCCUCCAAGAGUGUCGUCAUUUGCGACGUGACGGUGCCCUUUGAGAACCGUUGGCAGGCGUUCGAGGACGCAAGGGAGAGGAAACUCGCCAAGUAUUCUCUCCUUGCUGAGGCGCUCCAGCGCAAGGGGUACCGUGUGGUCGUGACGGCCUUCGUCGUCGGCGCCCUUGGCUCGUGGGAUCCGAACAAUGAGGGGGUGCUGAGAUUGCUGCGCGUGGGCAGCGCGUACGCAACUAUGAUGCGCCGUCUCAUUGUCUCGGACACCAUUCGCUGGUCCAGAGACAUCUACGUGGAGCACGUGUCCGGCGUGCGCCAGUACGCCGCUCCUUCGCGUCUCUCCGCUGACGGGAUACCGGCCACUCCACCCCGCGAAAUUCGCCGGCGUUGGCCCACCAACGAAUAG